UGCUUUGUUUUUUGGCACUCCCACUGCGCCAUUUUCUUAAAAACUGUUUUUGUUAGCUGAAUUCGCCGAAAAAUUGGCGACUUCGCCGCGCUUUUGCACCUUCUUUUUGCCAUUUGAAAGUUGUUUUUGGCGCUGAUUGUGAGAUUAUUGGUACCAAGUCGGUAUGGACGAUAAAUUACUCAUAGGAAACACUGUGGAAAUUGCCAGCGAAGAGGAAAUUGUGACCAAAAAGCUCAACAUCCCAAUCAACAAGAUUGCAAUGGAGGAGAAUGUGGUUGUGUCGGUGGAGAACGUCGACGACGAUGGCAUUCUUCAAAUGGAACAUGUGAUGGUAGAGUCAAGCCGGGAGCUUGUCCACUGCAUGUUUGAAGAGAAUGAAUCGAUGACUUUUGAAGAAGCUGUCGAAAAUUCGUCGGCAGUAUCAGCAAUUCUCGAAGAUGAUGAGGAAGAAGGAGAGGAAGUCGAUGAAGAUAAAGACGAUGGCUUGGAAACUAAAGAAAAAAUAGACAAAGAUGACCCUCGGAGCCGGUUGCAUUUUGUGAAAUAUUUGAAACGCAGUGGGAAAACCAUGAAGAUAUGGGAAUGUGGAAUUUGUUCUAAGGAAUUCCGACACCAGUACACUUUAAUGAGGCACUUACCAACGCACACAGAUGAGAGAAAUUUUAGAUGCGAUGUUUGCGGGAAAGCCUUUAGACAAAUGAGUACAUUAUCGCAGCAUAGAGCCAUUCACAGUGACGCUAGGCCUUACAUUUGUGAAAUUUGUAAGAAAACAUUCAACAGGGUGUCCACUCUAAUUUCCCAUCGAAAAACGCAUUCUGAAAAGAAGCCACACACAUGUAAUGUUUGUGGGAAAGGCUUCCAUCAAAAAGGCAACUUGCGGAACCACAUUUUCACCCACACAAAUGAACGACCCUAUCGAUGCAACGUCUGCGGCAAAGGCUUCAACCAAAUGUCGAACCUGAUGUGUCACAAAGUGAAGCUUUGCGAAGCAGAGAAGUCCAUACUAAUGAAGAGAGAUAAUGAGGAUAUCACGAUGAUGGAAAGUGAAAUUACAGCUGUCAAAGAGUCAACUGGAGAAAGACGGAUUCGGAAUAAGAAAAAUAUGAAGUUCGUUGAAUAUGUUGGUGACAAAACGGAACAUGAGCCUGGAAUUAGUUGUAAAAGUGAACAAGAUGAAGAUAUUCUGAGUCUCAAUGCAGGAGUAUUAAUAGAGCCUAUUCAAACAAAAGCAAUGAAGUUGGCUCGGUUAAAUGGUCAAACGCCGUUUGCUCUGCUCAAACCUGCCAAAGGAAUUCCUGUUUUAGUCAAAGUUGUUGAUGUUACAUCAAGAGAUAAGCAAAUGCUAGUGCCAGCAACUGCCGAAGACUUGAAAAAUGCAGGCAAAGUCACUGUUUCACCCUCUGCUCAAUGCGAAAGCGUAAAAGCUGUUCAAAUAAAGGUUCCUGUGGUGGCUACAGUGACGCAGAAAAUUUUAGUGGAUGGCUCGUUGGCAAUAAUUAUCGAGCCACCAAACGGAGAACACCUUUUUAAAGAGCAGGCUGCUGCAUCUGGGAGAGAAGAAAGCACUGAGGAAAAUGUCAAUGACCUUGCGGAGAGAGAAGAAGAUUGUGCCGUGGAGGAAGAGGCUAUACAAUAUGUUUUUGCAGACGACGACGGUUCUAACAGAGAUUGGGUGAUUCAAGACAUUGAGGAGGGCUGCAUUGAGCAAACUGAGCACUUAGAAGCACAAGAGGUUUACAUCCUAGAAGAAAUCCCCACAACGGAAGACGUGGAAGAAGUCGAAUAAUUUAGCAUAGAGAUUACAGUCCUUUAUUAUGAUAAUUUUAUUUAAAAUAAUUUUUAUAUAAUUCAAGUGAGCACAAUAAAGUUUAAUAUUUAAACUUGCUUAACUCUAAAUACUGUGUC